AUGGAUCGAAUUUCGAAGACCACCAAGGAAUUGUUGGAAAGAAGAAGGGUUUUGAGGUUUGAUCCGAAUGCAUCGCACAUUGGGCGGUUAUUAGCAAACACUAGCUGCAGAAAAGCGUUGCAGGAGGAUCUUUUGAAGUACAGGCAGAAGAAGAUUCUGGAAGCAGCACAAAGAAGAACGAAGAAGUGCCGCGGGGAUCUCUGCGAAUAUAAUAUUCCGCUAGCAGCCUUGCUGAGCGAAGACGGGACUCGCACGUCUUCUCGUCGAGAGAUGGAAAUCAUUACGGAGAAGUUCUACUCGAACCUUUUCCGUUCAUCAACUCCUGUGUCAACCCGAUCAUCCCCACUGAGCAUGAAACCUGGCACAGCCCCCGGACCUGAUUUUAUAUCAGCAGACUUUCUUCGGGCUGGUGGCCAUCCGCUUCGUGUAAUUUUUGCAGCGCACAUGACAUCCUACCUCCAGAAAGAAAGGAUCCCAGACCAGUGGAAGACCUCGCGAACCGUUCUUAUCCAUAGGAAAGGUGACCGAGAGGACCUUCGGAACUACCGUCCGAUAUGCUUGCUGAGCGUGUUAUACAAGGUAUUCACCAAGAUCAUCCUCACACGCAUAUCUAGGACGCUGGAUGAAGCCCAGCCUCAAGAACAAGCUGGAUUCCGCCAGGGGUUCAGCUGCUUGGACCACAUCCAGACCGUGUCGAGGGUCAUAGAGGUUUGCCGGGAAUACCGCCUGCCCCUUGUUCUAACCUUCGUCGACUAUGAGAAGGCCUUUGACAGCGAAUACAAUACUGUCAGCGCUGGUCGAUCAAGGGCUGCAUUGCAAUGGACAAUGAAAUCACUUUCCUGGGAAGAAAGGAGCAUACGUGUUGAUGGAAGAUUUCUCUCGAACCUUCGUUUCGCGGACGACAUCGUUCUAUUUUCGAGCAGUACCAAUGAAGCAGAAACGAUGCUCAACGAAUUGAACGAAGCAGGGAAGAGAAUAGGACUACGAAUAAACACAAAGAAGACACAGUUCAUGAAGAACGCCCACUGCGAGGACGGAAGAGUACAACUUGAAGGCUCCCAAAUCGUGGAAACUCCGUUAUACGUAGACCUCGGACGUUCUAUGAACAUGGAAAACGACUUGAAGGAAGAACUGAAUAGAAGAAUGAGAGCAGCAUGGGCAGCAUUCGCAGCCGUCAGAGAAGCUACAGACCAACUGACGGACUAA